AUGUACGUUGGAAGUAAAGUACACAAGACACGACAUUGGCUACGGUAUAAAUUUGUUAAAACUCAAUGCCGGUACGGUUCGUGGUAUGUUCCAACCAUCUUGAAAUAGAAAAGCGAACUUGUAUCGGUGAUUUCGAGGGUCUUCAUAUCGCUGUCCAGAUCCAGUGAAGAUUGAAAGUAUGGAUAUGUCUGUGGUUGCUGUGCUCCUUGUAGGGGUAGCUGGAGUGCUGACGAUGUGCGUUUUGUGUGGAUUUUUAGCAUGUGUACUGUACCUGCACUACCUACACGAAAAGUAUGCUCACAUUCCUGCAUCGCCUAGAAAGGGGUUCUUUUCUGGGCAUCAACGUAUCUGGGGUGGAUUUCGGAAACAGAAUAGAUGUUUCGAUGACAUGCUACUUGAUAUGAUGCGUGAGUGUGGAUCCGUGUUUCACGUCUUCAUCUAUUUCGUCCCAUUUGUGAUCGUCCUCGAAGCAGAUUUCGUUAGGGAGAUGCUUUGUAAAAAUGACCACCGCAAACCCUUGGCCUUCUACAGAGAUCUUAUGAAGGUUUGCGGUACGCGUUUUGUUGGAUCGGGCCUCGUAACUCAGCUCGACCCCAUCAAACACGCCAAAAGAAGGGCCAUGUUUAAUCCUGCAUUCCAUCGCAAAUAUCUGCAGAGCCUGAUGGGCCAAUUUAAUGCGGGCGCAGAUGUCUUGGUCGAGAAACUAAGCCAGAAGGCUGAUGGGAAGACGGAGGUCGCCAUGUUGGACGAGCUGAAUAGAGCAACGCUAGAUGUUAUUGCUAAGGUGGCGUUUGAUUUGGAGCUCAAACGAGAACCCGACGGAGAUUACCCGCUGUACAGAGCAAUGAAAACGAUUCUUAAGGGCAUGUCGGCUAGUUACGAAAACUCCUUCAUUGAACUCAGUCCAUUCGCGGCCGACCGUCAACUGCGGCGGGAGGUUAGGCAGGCUAUCCACGUAAUCCGUGAACUGGGGCGGGAAUGCAUAGAGGGAAGACGGGAUGCCAUACAGAGAGGACAGACGGUCCCUCAAGAUAUCCUGACUUACAUCCUUGAGGAGACAAAGGGACUGUCUGCAGAGGAGUCUAUACCAAUGGAAGACAUGAUAGAUGAAUUCACCACAUUCUUUUUGGCCGGCCAGGAGACAACAGCUAAUCUGCUCAGCUUUACCCUGCUGGAGCUUGGCAAUCAUCCAGACGUUCUGCACAGGGUACGCACUGAGGUACAAGCUGUGGUUGGAGAAGGACGUGUCGAGUAUGAGGACAUCAACAAACUAGACUACAUGAUGCAGGUGUUGAAGGAAACUCUGCGCUUAUGGCCUCCAGCCACCGUCACCAGUAGAGAGAUGUCUUAUGACGUCACUGUCAACGGUUUCAAGAUACCUGCAAAAACAUCCGUCGUGACGAGUACCUACGUUAUGGCCAGAAUGGAGAAGUAUUUCCACAACCCACUGGAAUUUGAUCCUGAUCGUUUCAAGAUUAGCGAAACACGGCCCGGAUCUUACAUCCCCUUCUCUUUGGGUUCGAGAUCUUGCAUCGGCCAGCAGUUUGCACUGAUUGAAGCACGGGUUCUCCUGGCAAAACUACUGCAGAAGUUCAACUUCACCCUCUUACCCGGCCAAGAACACGCCCUCCUUGAAGACAUUACAUUAAAACCAAAAUACGGAUGUAAAAACUACAUCACAUUGUUAGAAUGAAUCUUGGCAUGUUAAUUACAUUGAGGCCUAUGUACUCACAGGUGCAAGGCAGAUUGAACCAUUCCACCGGUUAUAUACAGUCGAAAAGGUCCUUGGGACUUAACGAAUUACCUUGUUAUAACAGGUACCUUGUAUUAACAGUAUUGGGAAAACAAAGGAAACCAAAGAAAAACAAACACUUGGGACCUAAAAGUUUGCUUGUUAUAAGCAGGACCUUGCUGUAUUAACAUUGCUCUUCUUAUCAGGGUUCAACUGUACUGUUAAAAAUGCAUGGUUAGUACAGUUUAUUACUGACUAAAAGUUUCACGAAACACUCACUAGCUUAGGGGAAACAAUGACAGUCAAUUGCUCUUUGCCAGUAUAUGAAACUGUACUAGGACUUUUAGAUAUGUUAAAUGCAAAUUGACAGAUCUUUAAGAAGCUUUUGCUGAUUAUUGUUUUGUGUUCGUAGUUGGGAAAGGAAGUAGUCCGACGAGACUUGUUAAAAUUACUGACUUAAUGUUUUAAGAAAUACUUAAUACAUGUAUACGGUGUGGAUUUAUUUAGUUAGUACUUUAGGAUAUGUAAAUAUUAAUGGGCAAAUCAUGUAGCUUGUGUGUGUGUUAGUUUUGUGUUAGUAUAGUAUUGCAAACAAGGGGACUAGAUAUCUCAUCCUUGUAAAACUUACGAUUAGAUGCAGUCGAAAAGCUUUACUGUUAACUCUGCCAUCUUUCAGAACCUAAGUGGGGGUACUUCAAUUUUUAAAAUACAUCUUUUCUAAGGAUAUACGUAAUUUUCUUUCUGACAAAUCAAAGGUAGCAGUGUAAAAAUAGGGGGAAAUAAUAAUCUGCAACCCAAAAUUUGGAUGAUUUUGGACAGCAGUCCUAGAGUUUCCAAACAUUUUUUCCCUCCCAUUUCGCUAGAUGUUGUUUGAUGCUGUUUGACAAUAUUCAAUUAAAAGCUUUACUAAAGGUUGCUAUAAUAGAGGUUGCUAUUAUAAUACUAAACGAAUGCUUAAUUUUUGAAGAUUGCUAUACUAAAGUAAAUGCUUAGUUUAAUCAAAAAUUAUUUGAAUCAAUCUUUACUUGAAUUGUGCCAUCACUGUAUGAAUACCUAAUGUAUAAGAAUGAAGGCUGGCACAAUGUGACUCUAUAAUCUCAGAUAGGGCAUAAGUGGGGAAAAAAGUGUAGUUGUUUGGAGUAGUAUUGUUAUGAUCGGGAAAACAUUGCAAAACGGUUUUGUAUUCCAACAAUCUCUGGAAAACUUUUUGAAAAAUCCUCUCGUUUAUUGAAGGAACUUUUUUUGCUUGGAUAUUAUUAGUCGUGUUGAACAGCCAACAGAGUGCAACUUUAACUUUUGGUUUAACUUUUGCGUUAUUUUCUCCCUAGGCUUUUCUAGUGAACCAAUCAGUGAUCGAGAAAUGUUUCAUUUGCUCGCCCGACGGUUGUAAACAUACGGGCUAAACGUGGGGUGAUCAAGUAUCAUCGCUAAUUAUGCAACGCUGGCGGUUCGUAAUGUAUCCAAACAAAAUCAAGUUGUAACUGAAAGAUACCACGAGUUACUCUGAACCUGAGGGCGAAAAAACUACAUGUUCUCCAUGCACAAUGGGGUUUUAAUUUGAAGUAAUAGUUUUUAGGCCUAUGUUCAAAUCAUACUCGAAUUACACUGAAAAAUUGUCUGGGUUUAUUUUACCAAAAAAAUGGUGAAAACUGGAACUACACAAACUUGGGUUGUUCUAUAACCAAUUGUUUGGGUUAGAAUUAAUGUUAAAUUCAACCAAAAGUUGUAGUCAUACAAGACCAAAUUAAAUUUAAAAUUGGGUAAAAUUAACCAAGGCAAUUUUUCAGUGUACGCACGGAAAUCAUACUAACAAUAUCCCACUUCGAAUUAGUUCAAAUACUGCUGUAAAAUGACACAAACAUGUAUAUAUCCUGGCAUGGGCUUGCAGACUUGUAUUAUACUUGUACUUCAAACAAAUAAAAAAAUUCUCCAGAACAGA